AUGGUUGUGUGGAGGGGGUUUUUCGGGGGGAAGGGCCGGGCGGUGGGUGUGGUUUGUGUUUGUGUUUGUGUUUGUGGUGUGUUUGUGGUGGAUUGUGGGUUGAAUCUGGCUUUUGCGCUUACUGCGUCUGCGAUUGUACUCGUCCUUGGUCCGGGCUUGGUUGUGCUUUGUGUUGUUGGCGCUUUGGUUUUCUUCGUCGACGCCGUGGGCGUGGAGGGAGCAGUAGGAGGCGUGGCAGCGGCUGCGGUCUUGGUCGCCGCAAGCUUCGUCGUCGUCGCCUUCUUCUCCUUUCCCCCUUUCUCCAUCCCCGCCUUCCCCUUUCCCUUUAUCCCAGCCUCACCAGGCCCCGCAUCCUCGGCAACAACUUUCCUAGGCCGACCGCGCUUCUUCGGGGUCGGUUCGGGCGUGGUGGAUGGCAUUGCGCGGCGGAGUCCUCGUCAAUUGGGUGGUGGGCUGUGUCGCGGGGAGAAGAUCGAGGGCGCGCAAAUCUCGCAAUGGCGUGGAAGACUUGGUUUGGAGCGCGUCGAGGCGGUUUUCUGGGGGGGCGGCGCGAGGAUGCGGGCGUGGCGAGGGCUGGGACGGGAUGUUAUCGAUACCGGUAAGGUGGAUGAACCAGUCCUGCCUGGCCUGUGUCUUUCGACUUUGUUCCGCGACACCAUGGUGAAUAUUUUCGGGGUUCAACGGCGUUUGGUCGAGGGUAGGAUAAGACGGCGUUUUCAAAUCGAAGAACAAUUGUCGUGUGUCUCUUCAUCGUACGAGAAAGCCGACGACACCGGAAAAAAUAAUCCCAGCGCCCUCGGUACAUGUAACAGAACCACAGCACUAAACAACAGCCACCGCAAUCAAGCACGUAUUAACUUCACCCUCGCAUCACCUCCACAAUACAUGAAGCAAAUAUCACUCACCACCUUACUCGCACACACACGCCCACACACCAAACACGGCAGCCCAUCCACUCAUGAUGACACACCAGAUAUUCGUCUCCUGGUAGAUGAGCAGUGGGCCGACGGCGAAUAUGACGACGACGAUGUAGGUUGCGAUGUCAAGCAAGAGAGAAGAGACGAAGUGGCUGAGGGUUGA